CGGACCGGUGCAGCGCAGGGACCAGGGAUGCUGCGAGCCUCGAGCCGCCGCCCCGGGCCGCCCCCCGGGCAGGUGGCCGCUGCGUCCCCGUUGCUGCUGCUGCUACUCCUGCUGUCUUGCUGCGCGGACGCCUGCGGAGGUGCUCCAAUAUUGCCUCAAGGAUUACAGCCGGAACAAGAAUUACAGUUGUGGAAUGAGAUAGAUGAUGCUUGUUCGUCUUUCCUGUCCAUGGAUUCUCAGCCUCAGGCUUCCAAUGCGCUGGAGGAGCUUUGCUUCACAAUUAUGGGGACUCUACCAAAGCCCCAGGAAACAGAUGAAAAAGAUAAUACCAAAAGGUUCUUAUUUCAUUAUUCGAAGACACGAAAGUUGGGCAAUUCAAAUGUUGUGUCGUCUGUCCUGCAUCCACUGCUGCAGCUCGUUCCGCAACUGCAUGAGAGAAGAAUGAAGAGGUUCAGAGUGGACGAAGAAUUCCAGGGUCCUCUUGCAAGCCAAAGUAGAGGAUACUUCUUAUUCAGGCCACGCAAUGGAAGAAGGUCAGAAGGUUACAUUUAAAAUGAAUGCCACCUAUUUUCUGCAGAAGCAACGCUAUGGAAUACAAAAUGUACUGACAUUUUUUUUCUUCUGAAAAACAAUCCUUGUUA